AGUCAAUCCCCGAGACUCACAGUAAAAGCAGCCGUACACAGAGACGCUUUUCCGGCCACUCGAUCAACUAUUAAUGCCCUGAUCCAGUUAUAAAGAUGGCCUCUCCUCCGCCGGGCAGCCCCCCUCUUGCAGAGCAGCACAUCCCUCCUGCACAGGACGAAGAGAGCCAACAAGAUGAAGAGCUGGUGAAAGAUCAGCCUGCGAAAAAACGUGGCAGAGGCAGGCCUCCAAAAUCCAAACCUUCCUUCAAAUGCUCUGCGUGCACGGAGGCUUUCAGGAGUCUGUCGGCGCUGCGGAGCCACAAGCUUUCGGCACAUGUAAAGGACGGCCAGCCGCAACACUCGUGCUCUCAGUGUACGAAAACAUUCUCGAGCAAGGCUCAACUUUCAAAGCACGAGCGCACUCACUCGGCCCAGCGUCCCUUUCAGUGUCCCGACUGUCACAAGGCUUACAAGACUCCCACAGAGCUACGCAACCAUAGCCGCUCUCACACUGGGGAGAAGCCAUUCGUAUGCACAGAGUGUGGUAAGGCCUUUAUGCAAGCUAUAUGCCUGAGGAUCCACAUGACACAGCACAGCGGGGAGCGUCCUUACUCCUGCCGUCAGUGCUCAAAGAGCUACCCCACCCUGUCUAAAUUGAAGGUUCAUAUGCGCUCUCACACAGGAGAAAAGCCAUACUUCUGUGCUGAGUGCGGCAAGAGUUUCGCAGAUCCCUCUGUGUUCCGAAAACACAGAAGGAACCACCAAGGCCAUCGGCCGUAUGCCUGUGAUGAGUGCGGGAAAACAUACACAGAGCUGAAGGACCUGAAGAACCAUGAGCGCUCGCACACUGGAGAGAAACCCUUCCUGUGCUCAGACUGUGGCAAAGCUUUCUCCCGCUCCUCCUCUCUGGCCUGCCAUCAGCGCAUCCACUCCCAGAACAAGCCCUAUCAGUGUGAGCAGUGUGGCAAAGGCUUCACCCAGCUCUCCUCCUACCAGUCUCACCUCCGCACGCACUCUGGAGAGAAACCCUUCCUCUGCCCGCAGUGUGGCAAGAUGUUUUCCGACCCCUCCAGUUUCCGGCGCCACCAACGGGCCCACCUGGGUUUCAAGCCGUACCCCUGCGAUAAAUGCACCAAGAGGUUCAGGCAGCCGGCUGAUCUGGCCGUGCACGAGCGCGUCCACUCUGGAGAGCGUCCUUACAAAUGCCAGAGCUGCGACAAGGCCUUCGUAGCGUCCUGGGAUCUGCGGCGCCACAUGCUCGUCCACACGGGGCUUCGGCCCUUUUCCUGCACAGAGUGUGACAAGUCAUUUGCAGAGCGCUCCAGCCUCAACAAGCACCGGCGUGUGCACUCUGGGGAGAGGCCGUUCAAAUGUGAGGAGUGUCUGAAGUCCUUUGUGGUUUCCUCCAGCCUGCGCAAACAUGAGAGGACUCACCUAGCUGAGCAUGCUGAGCAGCAACAACAGCAACAACAACAACAACAACAACAACAACAACAAGAACAAGAACAGCAACAAGAGACGGAGGCCGGGUCAGCGUCAGGCUUCACUGCCCACACAACUCUCCCUCAGUUCUCCUGCACUCACUGCGAUGCUACGUUUGGCAGCUGGGAGGAAGUCCAGGCGCAUGAGAAUCUCCACUCGAUUGAUUCUACGCCGCCGACUGUUGCCAAAAUCGUGCCAAUGGGCUUGCACGUCUGUGAGAGCUGCCAGGCAGAGUUUGCACAGCUGGCAGACCUGCAGGAGCACGAGAAGCAGCAUCCGAAGCCGAGACCUCACGUCUGCGACAGCUGCGGCAAAGGCUUCCUCAACAAAUCUGGCCUGCGUAAACACCAGAAGAUCCACUCCACCAGCAAGCCCCACAGCUGCCCGCACUGUGGCAAAGCAUUCCUGUUCGCUGCCUACCUUCGCAAGCACUUACGGACUCAUGCAGACGCCCCCCCGGCCCCCACACAGCUCAGUGACAUAAACAUUAUCCACACCGACCCGCUUCCUUCUCCUCCUCUUCCCAGUGAGGUUCCCUCCUCCACUGUGGAACCCAGCGCCAUUUCCCUGACCGUUCCCGUGACCGUACCUGUGACGGCUUUACAGACUCUGCCGGAGUAGCUAGUCAAAGAAGAGGGCCAUUACACUUUUAUUUGACUGUUUAGGAAUCUUUAUUACAUUCAUAUUUAUCCAGUGGCCUUAAAUCUUUUUAGAUGACGGGUCUAAUGAAGUGUUAUUUCUCAAAAAACUUUAAAAAAAACCUCAUUAAAGUCUACUUCAUGUCAAUUGUUACAGUUUUGCUUUAUCAUGAUAUUGGAAAUAUGAUUGUGUUUUAAAAUAUAUAUAAUUCACUACUAUGAAAUGAUGUAAUCUGUUUGUGACAAACAUGCUCAUCACUUAAGAUGUUGUGAUUUCAGGUAAAUGUCUUUUCAAUCCUU